AUGGACCCACAAAAUCAAGAAGAUCAACAAGAACAACCUUCUUCUGUUCCUCCUCUGGAAGAUGUAGCUGCUAUCGCAGAACAACUAAAGGGUCAUGGUUUUUUCGACAAUCAAAUUUCUAUGCCAUUGUCACCCAGAAAUGAAACACCACCUGAACCCUUUCUCAAGAGAACAAUUCAAGAAGAUGACACUGAUGAUUAUUACUUAGGUCGCUUACCAAAAGAAGCUUAUGCCUCUUCUCCUAAACGCACUAAAUUCUACAAUUUUUUCGAUGACCCAAAAGGCGAGAACCCGAUCAUUAUCAGUGAUACUGACAACGAUGAUGGUGAUCAGAGGAUGGAAAUAACCGAAAAUCAAAUGCCGUUGGCUUUUGAUAUUAAUGCCUAUGACAUUAAUAAUGAAAGUGAUGAUGAUAACAAUGAUGAUGAGACUCGGAGGAGAGAGUUAAUUGAGGCUCAGAGGAGAGAGGCUGAGAGGAGAGAGUUAAUUGAGGGUCAGAGAAGAGAGGCUCAGAGGAGAGAGUUAAUUCGUCGUCAAAACAUGCGUGAGCGGCAAUAUAUAAAAGAAACUGCAAAGAGAUAUGCAGCACACAUUCACCGUGUUCCUGAGAAUAAAGAUGGUGAUCACAAUGUGGCAAUUGUUAUUGAUGAUGGCUCUCCAAGUACUCCUUUCUCUGAAGCAAUCAAAGCUAUUCAAGAACGAGUUGAGAAAAACAGGAAAAAAGGGACUGUUGAUGAAUCCCUUAUUUGGGUUCCUAAAAGGAAUGGAGAAGAUUUUGUUAAUAGAAGAUUUUUGGUUCCUUCGUUGGAAGAUAUGUCUCUUAAAGUUCUUGCUGAGCAUGCUGAUGCAGUGGUUUCGCUUGAUGGUGUUUCUGAUGAGCUAAAACUCAGGCUUAGCAAUUUGCUAUGUGAUUCAAGAAGAAUGAACGGUCAUGUUCUUGAACUGCUUCUUAGAGGGAAUCCGAAGGUGAUUCGGCUUAAAGAUUGUUCUUGGUUGACAGAGGAAGAAUUUACAAAAUAUUUUGGAACGUUGAACCCUUCCGGAAUAGAGGUGCUACAUCUUAACCAAUGUGGACGAGUUGUAGCUGAACAUACAUUACUUGCUACGGUGGCAAAGUCACCAAAAUGCUUGUCAAAAUUGAUUAGUCUGUCCCUCACUGGUGCAUGCCGUCUUUUUGAUAACGGAUUGCAGUUACUACUUUCUUCUGCUACUGCACUUAGAUCCAUAAAUUUAAGCCAAUGUUCCCUUCUCACUUUUGCCGGUCUUAAUAUUUUGGCUGAUUCAUUAGGAUCAAUUUUGAAAGAGUUGUAUCUUGAUGAUUGCAUAUUGAUUAAUGCUACACUAGCUUUGCCAGCAUUGAAGCGGCUUGAACAAUUAGAUGUGUUGUCACUGGCGGGACUUCCAACUGUUUCUGAUAAAUUUAUCAACAGUUUCAUCGUUGCACGUGGUCACAACAUUAAGGAGCUUGUUUUAAAGGACUGCGUAGAUUUAACUGAUGCAUCAAUUAAAGUCAUUGCGAAUCAUUGUCCUGGAUUGCAAGCGCUUGAUCUUAUGAGCUUGUCCAAGUUGACGGAUUUAUCCAUAGGUUAUCUUACUAAUAGUUGUCAAGCAUUGCGUACAUUGAAGCUUUGCCGCAAUCCAUUCAGCGAUGAAGCAAUUGGUGCAUUUUUGGCGGUAACCGGCAAAUCCUUGGAAGAACUUUCACUUAAUAACAUUAAGAAGGUUGGCCAACAUACAGCCUUAUCACUUGCAAAGGAGGCAAAAAAUUUGCAUACCUUAGAUCUAUCUUGGUGUCGAAAUUUGACAGACAAUGAGUUCGGUUUAAUUGUGGAUAAUUGUUUCUCGCUGAGGUUUCUUAAACUUUUCGGUUGCUCACAGGUAACAGAUGUUUUUCUCAAAGGGCACUCAAACUCGGAGCUUCGGAUCAUUGGGUUGAAGUUGUGUCCUUUAUUGCAGCAUAUGGAACGACCUGAUCCUCAUCGAAGUGCUUUGCGAUAUGCACCAAUCUCGCAGAAAUGAAAUCUCGCAGCUCAUGUUUGGCAUAACUUGUUGAUUUCUGAUAAACAUGAUGUUAGUUGCAUAGGCAUAAAAAUCACUCUAUCGCCUUUUGUUUUGGUGAUAUAUUUGUUGAUUUAGUCGUAAGCGGAGAAGAUGAUAUUUUUUCUUUCGUUUUUCGAAACAUUCAAACCUAAAUUUACAAACUAAAUUCUUUAGAAGAUUUUAUUAUGUACA